AUGCAGCAAUACCACGAGUCGUCCGUAUCGCAGCCAGGCAGGCCAACCUAUUAUCUCUCUCUCUGCUUGAUUCGCUUCAUUCAACGACUAGGUCUGAAUCUUCCGAGUCAUUCGAUGCAAAGUCAAAUACAUGAGCUCGCAAAGACCCUUCCACCACCAAGGAAACAGAAUACUGCCUGUGACGCUUGCCGAUCUCGGAAAGUGAAAUGCGUCAAGUUACCAACUGAGUCCAAGGUAUGUGGUCACUCGAGCUUUGUCAACGCGUCUCAAUAUCAUCCCACAGUGCCAAGUGGGCAUUUAUCUCUUUCCUUUGUCGCCACAAAUAACCUACUUGACUAGCACUGUCUGUCGAAGAACUAUCCCUGCACGUCCGUUCAUCAGCAUUACGAUCUAGUAUUUCCUCGUUGAUCCACGAGCAGCCAUUAUGUACAACAAGCCACAAGCGAGAAGAAGAAGUCAACUACCCUCACUCGAAGGCCGAGGAAUCUUUCUGCUGCCAGGUAUAUUGCAUCUUUCAUUGUCGUCGUUCCGUCUUGACCGUGGUCUAGCCCCCCAGGGCCCGGUCCGUCCAAGAUGUAAUGACCUUCCCUAUGCUGAGCAAACAUCCACUCACCCUAAAUGCAGCAUCGCUCCGUCUGACGGCGUGUCUUCACCAACCAAUCAGCUCUCCGUAGCACCUCACGCUCUUCCGCUGUUAGUCAAGUAUGGAUUCUACCCACCAAUCACGCUCAAAACGCCGACGCGAGAAGUCCUUUCCUAUGUGUUUGCAGCCCCAGAGAAUGCAAAUCCUCCUGGAUCGUUUUCGCAGUGGGGAGAACUGGCUCACAAACUUGACUCUGACGUAUUUCGCGCCGAGUUCGCACUAGAUCUUGUUGAAGUAUUUUUCCAAAUCGUCCACACACGCAUCCCCCUUCUCAACCCCGAACAAUUCCGCAGUCAACUACGGCUCCAACCGGGAGAUAACAGUGUUUCAGAUGACACAUUGCAUCCUGCGUUGGUCGCCACCGUAAUAGCAUGGGGAACCAAAUUCUCUGAGCACCCUUUGCUCGUCGCUGAUCGUCAACGACCUGGCGGACAGAGUUUAUUGGCCAAGACACUAAUUGACCGUGCGCGAGACCUUGCAGAAGCGCUCAAGGUCCAUCGUAUUCCGUCACCAGAUCACGUUGUCAUCGGUCUUCUCCUUGAACCACUCCAAAGUCAAAACCCGGAUGAUCCAAACAGAUUCCACUGUUUCUGGGUCAGCGCAGCUACUCGACAUCUUCUUGACCUGCAAGUAAAUCACAAAUCGGUGCUCACGACCAUAUCCGCGCCUGACGCGCGAGGGACCAUGAUAUUUGCAUUUUGGAUGGCCUGCAUCGCGGAUGCAUAUGGCUCUGUCUAUUAUCGUCACAAACCCGUUCUCGACGAUGAUGAUUAUGACAUUGAUUUCUAUACUGUGGAUCCGACUCCUCCAGAAGUUGACUCACAUACGCCUGCGCCGAACCCUAGGGAACAACUAGAGUUUCUAGGUUAUUAUCGCGCUGCCCAUGCUCUCGCCCGCGUUGCCCGGUCAAUGUCAAGACAUUUAUGGCGGCCAUCAACAGACUCAGAUGGCAUUCCCUUCGAUGUUCUCUAUGGGCUGACAUCCCAGCUGAGUUCAUGGCGCGACGAAUUUCUUACCCUUGUUGGAGUACCCAGCAACUUCGAGGGCGAGUGGGACUUUGUGUCGGCCGUCUCCUCUUGUGCCAGCGAUGCGACUUAUCACGUCAUGUGGGUUGUGCUGUUCUCUGCUCUCGAUGAUUUUGGAGUCAAGGAAGUCAACGAGGUCAUUCGGAUGAACCAACCUAUUAGCAUGGUCCCGAACUAUUCCCAAAUAGACUUGGUCAUGCGAAAAGUGGCUGACGAGGCAUUACAUGGCGCUCUUCGAAUAGCUGGUUUGGCCGGCGUUCUGACAUCAAAUGGCUACCUCCGACUCGAUCCAGCCGUCAUGCUCGUCAGUGUUGUCCAAUCCGGAAACCUUCUCGCUCGCCUUGGCCGUCCAGAAGUAUCGAACUGUGUUGCUGGUCUUGAGCAAUACAGCUAUUCUUACGAAGAGGCAGGGGAGCAGGCGUCAGAUAUCAGAAAAAUCUACAACCAGGUUCGCGCAGGAGAGCUAGAGUUGCAGCACAUGGCCGGUGUUGCUCCUCGAAUGUCUUAUGAUGGAUCAGACCCUCAACAAGGGCAACAAAUGAUCAUUGACGAUCCGUCGUUGAUGUCCAACGGAAUGCAGAGUCCGUCGGAAUAUGGACCGUCUACGGAGUACAGCAUGUAUUCAAGAUGA